AUGACCGCCGAGCACGUGCCAUGGUUCCCCGCUAUCAUGUGCUUCCUGCAGUACUCGAUCCUCAUCACCUUCGGUCACUUACGUGACAUUGUGGCCAGCAUCUCAGGUAUCUCACGCUACCGUUCGGAAGAGACCCGCUCUGGCCUGGCCAAACUACUCAUCGCCUGGGAGAGUUUCUACACGCGCCGUCUGUACCACCGCGUUCAGGACGUCUUCAACCGCCCCGUAACCGGCGCUCCUGGCGCCCACAUCGACCUCAUCCAGCGCAAAUCCGCGGAUGGAAACAAAACCUUCGUGCACUUGGGCGAGCCGCCACAGCGCUGUCUCAACCUCGGGUCCUACAACUACCUAGGCUUUGCUGAUGACUGGAUGAACACUUGCAGCCACGAGGUGCUUGAGGCAGUGACCCAGUUCUCUCUGGCCUCUACCGUGCCUCCGAUGGAAUUCGGUACGACGUCGGUGCACAUUGCAUUGGAGAAGGCUGUAGCCAAGUUCAUUGGCAAAGAGGCGGCGAUUGUGUACAACAUGGGCUACGCAACCAACGCGACGAGCAUCCCGGCGCUUAUGGGCAAAGGUACACUCAUCUUGAGCGAUGUACUGAACCACACUUCCAUUGUGAACGGUGCUCGUGCUUCUGGGGCUACUGUGGGGGUCUUUCGACACAACGAUCCAGAGCACUUGGAAGAGGUAUUGCGCAUUAAGAUCGCGGAAGGACAGCCUCGCACACACCGUGCGUGGAAGAAGGUUAUGGUGAUGCUUGAAGGGAUCUACUCGAUGGAGGGAGAGAUCGUGCGUCUGCGUGAGAUGGUGGACGUGACCAAGAAGUACAAGGCCUACAUUUACGUUGACGAAGCACACAGUAUUGGAGCUCUUGGCAAGACUGGUCGUGGUAUUUGCGAAUAUGCUAGAGUAGAUCCGAGCGAGAUUGACAUUCUGAUGGGCACGUUCACGAAGAGUUUUGGUGGCAUGGGCGGAUACAUCGCGGCGUCGGACGACAUCAUCAACUUCAUCCGAAACUCAAGCGCCGGUGCAAUCUACGCGACGAGUUUAUCUCCAGUCAUUGCACAGCAAAUUCUGACGGCUCUUAACAUCAUUGCCGGUCUGGACGGCACGGACAUUGGCCGUACUAAACUGGAUUCACUUCGUGAGAACAGCAAUUACUUCCGUCAGAAAUUGAUCGACAUGGGCGUCAUUACGCUUGGUGACUUCGACUCGCCUGUGAUCCCGGUGAUGCUGUAUCACAUGUCGAAGGUCGGAGAAUACUCUCGUGAAUGCCUCAAGCGCAAUCUCGCCGUAGUGACCGUAGGAUUCCCAGCCACGCCCUUGCUGCUGUCUCGUGUGCGUUUCUGUAUCUCUGCAGCUCAUACAAAGGAGGAUAUGGACGAAGCUCUUAAGGCUAUUGCAGAAGUGAGUGAGAUCUGCCACAUUCGCUACAACAGACACACCUGCGGCUAA